GCGAGGAGUGGAGGUCGCCAAUGGCAACGGCCGCCCAGGAAGUGGGGGAUGGGAACCUCCAGUCAGGCCGCAGCGGUUAGCGCGUCCACCGACAGCAAAAAUGUGGAGCUCCUGGAGACAUAGAGUAUUGAGGUUCCUCCAGUUCUUGGCCUCCCUGGUAGCAUGGCCCUACUCCAGGAUCUACAGUAUGACGGUGAAGAAGAGAGUGGUACCACCGGUCAACAACCCCCUCCUCAUGAAGAAGGCUUCAGAACUGGCGGAGAUGAUAAGGGAACGCAAGAUAUCUUCGACAACUGUGGUACAGGCCUUCAUAGAGAGAAUCGAAGUCGUUAACCCCAUCAUCAACAGCGUUGUCCAGGACAGGUUCAACGACGCCCUGAAGGAGGCCAAAGAAGUGGACAAGAUGGUGGAGGCUAACCCAGAUCCCCAACACUGGGCCAAGAACAAACCGCUUCUUGGAGUGCCAAUGAGCUUCAAGGAGACAAUAGCCGUCAAGGGGAUGAGUAACAAUGGCGGUCGGCUUAGACCGAAAGAGUCGAUCGCUCCGGACGACUGCACGGCGGUGAAGAACUUGAGGGAAGCUGGAGUCAUACCGAUUGUGGUCACCAACACUCCAGAGCUCUGCUUCUUCUGGGAGACCUACAACUACGCCAAUGGUCUCACCAAGAACCCUUACGACACCCAGAAGACCGCAGGAGGAUCUUCGGGAGGAGAGGCAGCCUUGAUCAGCGCCGGUGGAUCACCAAUUGGACUGGGCUCCGAUAUCGCAGGUUCUGGAAGACUGCCCCCUAUGUACUGCGGGAUAUUCGGCCAUAAACCCACCUCCAGUGAGUAA